GUUGACCUCACAAAUUAAUUGUACAUUAGAGCCUUGUACGUAAAUUAACAACUUUACUUUUCUACACUGUUAUUACUGUUUCAGGAAUUGGAAUGGAUGGUGAUGAUAUGUUUCACACUAUCCAUCCUCCGAUAUCAGAAUUACAAAUGAGAUUAUACAUGGAUGAUAAUGGACGCAUUAUAUAUCUAAAUCAAUUUUACCUAGAUGUUUAUCUAAAUGGUCUAGAGCACAGUUUACGUAAAGUUGGUUGGCGUAUAUUAUUAUCAGUUUGUCCAGCGGACACAACCGGUCAAGAACGUUUUCAUUUACUGGAUAUCAAAGCGCAACAGUAUGCUACUCUUAAGGAAAAUUGGAAAAAGUUAUACGUAAUGGGUUUGAUGUCUGAACAUCAACUAUCUACAUUAGCUUCAAUAAGCAUAGAUGUUGUUCGUACAGAUUGGAAAGAAGACUAUUAUCGUUCUGUUGGUAACCAUCAUCGAGUGUGUCAAUUGUUUGAUAUUCUAGCUACUUAUUGUAUACAUCACCCAAAUAUUGGAUAUUGUCAAGGUAUGUCAGAUUUGGCCAGCCCAUUAUUAGUUGUUCAAAGUGAUGAAGCAUUGGCAUAUCUCUCGUUUUGCGCUCUAAUGCAACGUGUUAAAUUCAAAUUUGGUGAUACGCAGCAAUCUAUAUUAAUUAACAAUAUGCAAGAUUUACACGAUCUUCUAACGUAUACAGAUGGUGAAUUAGCACAAUUUUUCCGUGAACAUAAUUUAGCCAACAUGUAUUUUACUCAACGUUGGUUUGUCUUAGAAUUAAAACGUGAAUUUAACUUUGAUGAAUCUUUACGUAUGUUUGAAUCACAAUGGGCUGCUUUAUGUCUUGUAAAAAAUAAUAGUUUAACUGAAAUUGAAACCUGCAAUUCUAAAUCUGAAGGUUAUCUUGUUUUAACUGAUGGUACAAGUAAUUUGUGCAUGCCGAAUUCUUCAUUCACGUCAACGAAUUCUCUUAACUGGUUCAAAUUAUGUUGUCGACUUGAAAAAAAAGGAUGCACCACUGUGUUUAACCCAGGCAUGGUUAGACAAAACCAUCCAUCUUCUGCUUCUUCCCCUCCUCAAUUUAUCCCUUCUGAUGCCCACUUCUCAUGUAAAUUAUCUAAGGAAGAUGAUCAUUCUGGAAAUCCACAACAAACCUCAUCUGAGACGUUAAUUACAGAAACUCAAUUUGAAAUUAUCUCUAAUGAAUCACUAUUGGAUUUUACAAACUCUGUAAAAAAACAGUCUUUACAUUUGACACCAACUAAACGACUAUCUUCAUUUUCUAUUGAAAAUGAACCUAUUCAUAUUAGAACCAAUGUAACACAUUUACGACCACCGAAUCAAUUCGGUCAAGAAUAUAAAGAGGUAAUUAUGCUAGAAAUUAAAGAACCUGGGGAUAUUAUACAAUUCUAUCAACAACAAUCUGGUAAACAUAAUUCUUCUAGAAUAUUAUAUCGUGCGAAAAAGUUAUUUAAUAAAUACUUAGAAGAAAAUAAUUUCCAAUUUUUUAGUUAA